UGAUUUGCGUAAGUCCACCAGUGUUUUGGAAGAAUAAAUGGGUGAACGACUGAAAAGUCUCUAAAGUAAGAAUUAAAAUUAGAUUGGGGAGAUUUCCCAAUGACUAAAAGUCUUGAAAACUGCACCUCUUGCAGGCUUCUAAUUUGAUCCUCAUAAGAGUUUAUGAAAGAGUUCUGUAACCCCAUUUCUCUGGAUCGAACUCGCAACCUGGGCAUGUGCCCUGACUGAAAGUCAUCCGGAAAAAUUUUAGUAUACGAGACCAAGCUCAACCAAGUAAGACACCAGGCCAGAGCUCAGGUGAGUUUUUCCAUCAUCGCUGGCUUCUCUUGGUAGGACGAUGACCCCCACAACUUCCCGGAGACCUCCCCAAUUACAGGUGCCAAUUCUACAGCCCCCCGCGGACCAAUCACGGACUACACACAAAGUGACACAGACUCUCUGCGUCGGUCGCUCGCGGUGUUCUCGAGAGAAUUGGUCCCAGCCAGUCAUGUGACAACCCAAGAUGGCGGUGCCCAGCGAGGGGGAGGAAGAAGCGGCAGUUUAUUUAAUUGUGAGUGGCAUCCCCCCGGAGUUGCGCUCGGCCCAGCUACGGAGCUACUUUAGCCAGUUCCGGGAACAGAGCGGCUGUGGCUUCCUUUGUUUCCAUUAUCGUCAUCGUCCUGAGCGGGCAGCUCCCCAGGCUACUCCCGACUCUGGCCUAACUCCUAUGGGCCAGAGUCUUGCCGGCACUUUAGACACCGAUGCCCACGAUUUCUCCACUCGGGACUCUGCUCCCGCCCAGCCCCGCACCUGCUGCUGCGUCAUCUCGGUACGGGGGGCGGCUCAAGCCCAGAGGCUGCUUCGCAUGUAUUCGGGCCGCCGGUGGCUGGAUUCUCAGGGGACUCCGUUGCCUGGUCGUUGUUUCAUCCGCAGACUUCGGCUACCUACGGAGACAUCAGGUUUAGGCUCCUUUCCCUUCAAGACCCGGAAGGAACUGCAGAGUCGGAAGGCUAAGAGUGAAGCCUUUACUCUUGGUGACCUGAAGCAACUGCCAGAGCUGAACCCACCAGUGCUGAUGCCCAAUGGGAAUGUGGGGACGCCCCUGCAUGUCUUUUUGGAGUUGAUCCGGGCCUGCCGCCUGCCCCCUCGGAUCAUCACCCAGCUGCAGCUCCAGUUCCCCAAGACAGGCUCCUCCAGGCGCUAUGGCAAUGUGCCUUUCAAGUAUGAGGACUCAGAGACUGUGGAGCAGGAAGAGCGUGUGUACACAGCUGAGGGUGAAGAAAUACCCCAGGGAACCUGCCUGACAGACAUACCAGCCGGCCUCUGUGGAGAGCCAGAGGAAGAAGGGGAAGAAGAGGAGGAAGAAGAGUCACACUCAGAUGAUGACGAUGAUCGGGGUGAGGAGUGGGAGCGGCAUGAAGCACUGCAUGAAGACGUGACCGGGCAAGAGCGUACCACUGAGCGGCUCUUUGAGGAGGAGAUCGAGCUCAAGUGGGAGAAGGGCGGCUCUGGUCUGGUGUUCUACACUGAUGCCCAGUUCUGGCAGCAGGAAGAAGGAGACUUUGAUGAACAGACAGCCGAUGACUGGGAUGUGGACAUGAGCGUGUACUACGACAGAGAUGGUGGAGACAAGGAUGCCCGAGAUGCUGUUCAAAUGCGUCUGGAACAAAGACUCCGAGCUGGCCAGGAGGACUGCUCCGUGAUGGAACACCAGGUGGGCACCUUUGAGCGCCACACCAAGGGCAUUGGACGGAAGGUGAUGGAGCGGCAGGGCUGGGCUGAGGGCCAGGGCCUGGGCAGCCGGUGCUCAGGGGUGCCUGAGGCCCUGGAUAAUGAUGGCCAGCACCCCAGAUGCAAGCGUGGAUUGGGGUACCAUGGAGAGAAGUUACAGCCAUUUGGGCAACCGAAGAGACCCCGUGGAACUGGUUUGGGGCUCAUCUCCACCAUCUACGAUGAGCCCCUACCCCAGGACCAAGGGGAGUUGCUGCUCCGCCGCCAGCCACCCACCAGCAUGAAGUUUCGGACAGACAUGACCUUUGUGAGGGGCCCCAGCUGUGCCUUCGACAGCUUCUCCAAGCCUGACUGACAGGUUCAGGGGCUUCCUUACUCAGGAUUACUCAUAAGUGCACAGUGGCAGCCCUCUGCCCCAGCCUUAUCUGCCUGGGAAGCGUGAAGAAAUCUCCCAUGAAAGCAAGAAGUCUGGGAGCAGCAAUCUGCGAGGCUCCCUCCGGGUGCUUUGUUAUGAACUUGCGUUCUGGCUCUCUACCUCAGGGGCAUUUUUACAAAAAGGCCCCUGUCCUCCCCUUUGAUACCAGGGCGUAAUUAGCCUCUCUUUGGUGGUCUAAUCCUCCUCCCUGUUUGGGCUUGCGGCUGUUGCCUCCCCCACUACCUUGAAAAGCUGGAUUGACUGAGGUUAUUUAUCAUCACAACUUUCCUUAGGGUGUGGUCACCGUGAAGGCCAGAAAGAGUGGAAAAAGGACCUGGAAAAGGUGGUUUGUGGUGCUCAGAAGAGACGGUCUUGGGGCGGGCUCUCCACUGCUUCUACCUCUGUCUAGGACUGACUAGGGGGAGAAUCCGCGGUAGGUGGCCCGCACCUGCGACCGAAAGGGUAAUAAAGAAGUAUGA